CUGGCUGAGAGUGACUUUGCUUCCACGUUCCGGCUGCUCACAGUCUUCGCUUAUGGAACAUACGCUGACUACUUAGCUGAGGCCAGGACUCUUCCCCCACUCACAGAGGCGCAGAAGAACAAGCUUCGGCACCUUUCUGUCGUCACCCUGGCCGCCAAAGUCAAGUGCAUCCCUUACGCGGUGCUGCUGGAAGCCCUGGCUCUGCACAACGUGCGGCAGCUGGAAGACCUCGUGAUCGAGGCCGUGUAUGCUGACGUGCUUCGAGGCUCCCUGGACCAGCGCAAUCAGCGGCUGGAGGUCGACUACAGCAUUGGGAGGGACAUCCAGCGCCAGGACCUCAGUGCCAUUGCGCGCACCCUGCAGGAGUGGUGCGUGGGCUGUGAAGUUGUGCUGUCGGGCAUUGAGGAGCAGGUGAGCCGCGCCAACCAGCACAAGGAGCAGCAGCUGGGCCUGAAGCAGCAGAUCGAGAGCGAGGUCGCCAACCUUAAAAAAACCAUUAAAGUCACCACGGCAGCAGCAGCUGCAGCCACGUCUCAGGACCCUGAGCAACACCUGACCGAGCUGAGGGAACCCGCUCCAGGCACUAACCAGCGCCAGCCUAGCAAGAAAGCCUCCAAGGGCAAGGGGCUCCGGGGGAGCGCCAAGAUCUGGUCCAAGUCAAACUGAAGGGACUGUCGUUUCUUCCCUGGGGAUGUGGGGUCCCAGCCGCCUGCAUCCUCAGGAGUCCUCAGCGCCUUCCUGUGCCCCGGCCAGCUGAUACUAGUUCAUGACCUUCCGCCUCCUCCGCCCGAAAGCAUAGGCCACAGCCUCCUACGGAGGCAGCCAGUACAGGUCAUGUUUUUGUUGGUACCUUUGUUUCUCAUGACUUUGCUGUGUCCCCCGCCCCGCCUCCCUGCCACGCUCUCCUGUAUUUCUUUAAGAGCUCAGCCUCUGUCCCUCUCCUGACUUCUGUCACUUGGUGGGUGUGUGGUCCUGAUGGGGGUUGCUGUCUCCAGCAUAACCCGCAGGGGUUCUCCUGCCCCCAUCCCUGCAUGCCUGACCCCCAAUUCCUGCUCCCUACCCAAGCCUCUGGGGCAGCACCUUUAUUCCCACCCUGAGGAUCCUGGGAGCCAGUCUCCCUUUUGGGGGUCACUGGGCACUUUGAUCCCAGAAUCUGACACACAGCAGUUGUUUCCUGUCUCCUCCCUGUGGGUGCUGGGAAUGAGGCUGCCUCCCGGAGUGGGAGCCUGAGAAGGACAGAAGCUGUUUCUUAGGGCCUGACUGCACUGGGAGGCUUGAUGGCAAUCCUGGAAGGGUGUAUCCCUUUGUACAUUUGGUGGCAAGGGGAAGGGAAUAUAGAUUAUAUUUAAAAAAAAGAAAAAGGUUUAUAUGCAUAUAUCUAUAUAUAACACGGCACAAAUAAACCUAUGAGAAGUCUAUCUACAAACACACCUGACGCUGGGUGUUCUCACUCUGUGGAUGGAAAGUGACUCAUCCCGGCCCACUCUGCAGAGUGCUGGGCGAUGAAGAGAAGCAGGUCUGCUGGCAGAGUCCAAGACCUCUAUCCGGCUCUGGCCAUGGACGGCUGCACUCCCAGCCCAGAGUGUGGUCAGAAGAAAAGGACCCUUAGGAACACCGACAUGAUGGUCACAGUGCCUGCUCCCUUGGAGCUUCCACUCAGCCUCUUUCCCUCCACCUCAGGGAUGCAGAAGGGGAAGAGUGGACAAUGAAUUUGAACUUUCACAUUAAAUCUCUCCAGAGGGCUGGGGUGUAGCUCAGUGGUAGAGCGCUUGCUUGGCACGUGCAGGCCCUGGGUCCAGCCCAGCACCGCACACCAGCAGGCACGCGCAUGCAACUGUCAGCCGUGUCCGACUCCCUUCUCGUCCCAGUGGGAGCUCCUGGGAAGUGUGUGGGAGGACAGGCUGUGCCUGGCUGCAGUCAGAAGUGGGAAGUGAGGGCCCUGAGAGGGUGGAGCUUGCGGUCCUGAGGGACAGUGGAGCCUGAAUGGUCUCCGCAGUGGACACCCUCAGCUUCUCAGCUUUGCCGUAGACAAGCUUCUCUGCAACUCCUUCCUCCCCGACCUUCCCGUGUGUAGAAGGGUGAAGACCCUGUCCCCAGCCCUGUCUGUGCCCCAGUUUUCCCUUUGGAACUUAGUCUCCUUUCCGGAAGCUGGUUCCCGCUGAUGGCCCAUGACUUCCCAGACCUCCAGUCCUGUGCACCAGUGGAGGAGCCUGGAAGAAUGCUUCGGACUGCAGUGUAGCCUGGGCUUCCAUUGUGCAGGCCCAUGCACAUCCAUAGGGUCAUACAGGUGCAGUUUAUUUCUGAUUCAUCAAGCCAGAGCUGGCCAUCAAAGCAUGAGGAAGGGGUAGUAGACUGUAGACAAUCUUCUUACCACUUGCACACUCAAACACCUAACCCCUACUGUAUCAACUAGAUGAUUUUAGGGCCAGACACCACAAUAACACAUAAUAAGAAUAGGAGAUGUUGCCUUCAUGAGAGCUCUGAGUGCAUACACUAAAGUUAAUGAAAAUGGGUCCCCAAGCCCUGGGAGUGCAGCACGCAGCAGGAAGUGAGUUUCAGCGCUCCCCAGCCCUUUCCGUCCUGGCCUUACACUUCCACUUGGCACUAGAUUCUCAGAGCAGGAACCACGAGGAGAACCUUGCAUGUAGGGAUGUAGGCGUCCUGCUCUUUUGAGAGCCUAAAAUUGUCUUCCAUGAAACCAUAAAGGUUGGGGGCCACUGGAUUAAAAGGUUAAACUGAAAUCUGAAGCUGAAAAUGACAGGUGCACAUCUUAGGCAUCAAAGAUCAGCCAAAAAAACAAAAAAAUCAGCGAACAGGUAGUCAAUUAUGAAAUACUGUUGAAAGAGAAGUUCUGAGCCUAGGUGAAUCUUCCGUGAAUGGGUAAGGUAGAAUUUUUUUUUAGAUGAGAAAAUCUUUUAUCAUAUUUAGAAUCAAAAUAUCCCUUAAAAUAUUUACAUUUUACAGUAAAAAAGAUAGCAAAACACAAGAUCAUGUACGAGCUUAAUUAUUCAAGUUCUGAAGAGCCAAAAAAUGAAAAGGAAAACAGUGGCCUGCCACAAGCUGUUGUGUAUGGUAAUAAAUUUCUUCAGUAACAAAUGUA